AUGAAUGGAAAUAUAAAACAUGCUCCUUCUCUUGGCAGAGCUCCAGUCGCAAACUGUGUGAGCAUCUUGUCUUUCCUCUUUGCCAUUCGGGAGAUCAAUCAGAACCCCCGGCUCUUGCCCAAUUUCACUUUGGGCUACAACAUUUACGACAACUAUGGUGAUGCACGUCUGAGUUACGACGGCUUAUUGCACCUGCUCUCCUCUGGGCAAAAUAAUAUUCCGAACUAUCACUGUGGAAGAGAAAAGACCCUCCUGGCUGUUGUUGAAAGGGAUGAGUCUGAAAUCUCCAUCCAGAUUUCACAUCUGCUGAGCAUCUUCAAAAUCCCACAGGUCAGUUAUGGGUUUGUUUCCCACAUUCUUAAUGAUGCAGCUCAGUUCCCUUUUUUCUUUCGGACGGUUCCGAAAGAGGAGCAGCACUACCCGGGGACUGUCAGACUGCUGGUGCAUUUCCGAUGGACGUGGAUCGGUCUCAUCGCGUCGGACACGGACAAUGGAGAACAGUUCCUGAGAGUCUUUCCUCCUCUGGCCAGCAGGAGUGGGCAAUCAUUUCAUUGCAUCUUUUCAAAGCCCGCUUUGUCCGUGAAAGGCCAAGUCAGCUGUGCAGAGAGAGAGAAUCUGGAGGAGCUUUCCCAGGGUAUGAUCGAAACGAUCCUUUCUCGAGACAGCUACCUGACCUUCCACGCUGUUCAUACUGUGGCCCGGGCCUUACAUGCCGCUUACUCGUCGAAAUCCAAGCAGACAUUCAGCAGGGGCAGCUUGGGAUCCCGCCGUCUACAGCCCUGGCAGCUUCACGCUUUCCUGAGGAACGUCCCACUUUACAAUACUUCCACAGGUGAAGUGUACUUGGAUGAGAACAGGGACAUUGCAGUAGAUUUUGACAUCAUGCAGUGGGUGGGGCUUCCCAAUAACUCCCAUGGGGGAGUGAAAGUUGGAACUGCGGAAAGGCAACCAUCUGGAGAGGCCAAAAUCACCAUUGACCAGAAGGCUAUCAUGUGGUCCAUGCUGUUAAACAAGUCCUUCCCCAGUUCGAGGUGUUCCGAGAGCUGUCAGCCUGGACAAGCCAAAGUGACUCAGGAAGGGAAGCCAUUUUGUUGCUAUGACUGUGUUCCAUGCCCGGAAGGAACCAUCUCCACAAAGGAAGAUGCAGACCACUGUGAAAAAUGUCCAGAAGAUCAGCAUCCAAACAGUGACCGAGAUAAAUGUGUGUUGAAAACUACAACCUUUCUGUCCUAUGAAGAACCUCUGGGGGUUAUCCUAACUGUCAUUCCUCUGUUCUUGUCCCUAAUCACUGGUGGCAUUUUAGGACUCUUCAUUAAAUUCCGAGAUACUCCAGUAGUCAAAGCCAACAACCGGGACCUCACCUACAUUCUCCUCAUCUCCCUCCUACUUUCCUUCCUCUCCUCCUUUCUGUUUAUUGGCCAGCCAAGCAAAGUGACAUGUCUCCUUCAACAAGCCACCUUCAGCAUCAUCUUCGCAGUUUCUGUCUCUUCUGUCUUGGCCAAAACUGUCACUGUGGUGGUGGCCUUCAUGGCCACAAAGCCAGGGAACAGGAUGAAUAAAUGGCUGGGCAAGAGUUUGGCCAACUCCAUCAUCAUCUCCUGUUCCAGUGUCCAAGUUGGCCUCUGCAUCCUCUGGCUGGGAACCUCUCCCCCCUCUCCAGAGUCUGACAUGCACUCCCAGGCUGGGCAGAUCACGCUGCAAUGCAACGAGGGGUCUGUGGCCAUGUUUUAUGGUGCCCUUGGCUACAUGGGCUUCCUGGCUGCUGUCUCUUUCAUGGUGGCUUUCCUGGCCAGGAAGCUGCCUGGGGCCUUCAACGAGGCCAAGCUGAUCACCUUCAGCAUGCUGGUGUUCUGCAGUGUGUGGGUGUCGUUUGUUCCCACCUACCUGAGCACAAAGGGCAAAUACAUGGUAGCUGUACAGGUCUUCUCUAUGUUGGCCUCCAGUGCUGGAAUGUUGGGUUGCAUCUUUUCCCCCAAAUGCUACAUUAUUUUAAUGAGACCUGGUCUUAAUACUAAGCAGCAUUUAAUGACAAAAAUGAACAGCUAA